CCCGAGAGCGAGUGCAGGGGCUGCGACGUGGCCCCCCGCCCCUCGUCCCGGGGCCAUUCCUGCUGGGACUUCACCGAUGACAGCGACAGUGACAGCGAGGACAGGGUCCCCAAGCGCUGCUACAAGCUCAGCGAGCCCCAGGGCUUCCCCGGCUUCCUCCUCUUCCUCUGCCGCCUCCUGAGCCCCGUCCUGCGGAGCUACGGCCGGGCUGCGGAAUUCCUGGAGAGACCCCCCUGGCCCCAGCCCGAGGCAGACUACGUGGAGGCGCUGCUGGAAUUCCUGGAUGAGGAUGAGGAUGGGUAUCCUGACAGGAGCCUGGCCCUGAGCUCCCUGCAGAGCUUCAAGGACAUGGGGGUGCUGGAGGAGCUGCAGACCCCCACUGGACCCCUCCUCCAGCUCUCCCAGCCUUUCCAGUCUGCUUCCAACCGGGAGAAGCUGAGAGCCUUCAUUCACCAGUUCACCCAGUUGUAACCCCCCACACCAGAGUCAUAAAUGGGGCCCAGGCACCUGAUGCCUCGUGGAUUUAUUGACCCUGUGGGGGGGUGCAGGUUCUGCCUCUCCUUCCCUCACCUGGGAUGGAGAACUCCAUCAUUUCUGGUGGCAGUGCCCAAGACAGCUCCAACCAGCACAUUUCCCCCCAGCCCUUCUCUGCUCACUAACAGCAGCUCCAGUUUUCAGUAAAAACAUUGGGAUAAAUCAAA